CCGGACAUGGGGUACGGGCUCCUAGGGAGAUCCGCUGACGCUGUAGUCGAUAACGAGGCUAGUGGGCAGCUCCAUCCGGAGCGACCGUUGCUGAGGCUUCAAGAUGGCGGAAGCCCUGACAACUCAGGAGGAGCUGGCUGUGGAGGAGUUCCUGGUCGAACUGAGGAACAGGGAGCAGCACGGCGUGGUGCUCGUGACCCAGAGCACCGCGGUCAAGUUCCUCAUGGCCCGCAAGUUCGACGUCUCCAGAGCCAUCGACCUCUUCCAGGCGUACAAGAACACCAGGAUAAAAGAGGGGAUCUACAACAUCAACCCAGACGAGGAACCGCUGCGGUCCGAGUUACUGAGCGGGAAGUUCACGGUCCUGCCCCGCCGAGACGCCAAGGGGGCCGCCCUGGCUCUGUUCACCGCCCGCCUCCACCGGCCCGAACUCACUACCCAUAAGUCCGUGCUGCAGGCCAUCAUCUACCAAUUGGACAAGGCCAUCGAGAGCAUUCAGACGCAACGGGACGGCCUCGUCUUCAUCUACGACAUGACCAACUCCUCGUACGGGAACUUCGACUACGAGCUGUGCGUGAAGAUCCUCAACCUGCUCAAGGGCGCGUUUCCCGCACGGCUCAAGUGCGUGUUCAUCGUGUCGUCUCCGCUGUGGUUCCGCGCCCCCUUUGCCGUCCUGCGCCUCUUCGUUCGGGAGAAGCUGAGAGAAAGGGUGUGCACAGUGAAAGCCCCUGAGCUGGCGUGCCACAUCCCCACAGAGUCCCUGCCGGAGCACCUGGGCGGCUCGUCGCCGUACAGCCACGUGGCCUGGAUCCAGUCCUGCGUCAACUCCAGCCCGGCCGUCCCGCGGAGGGACGGGGAGGGGGGCGACUGCAUGGGCAACCUGCUCCGCUCCUACUCCCUGGAGCAGAACCCGCCCCCCGCCACCACCACCACCAACACCAACACCGCCACUGUCACCGCCACGCCCGGAGACGGGCCGAACUCCUCCAACUGCAGCCCCGCCGACAACGGCAACCUGCGGCACGGCCGCCCCGUCCGCCCGGGCAGGACUAGCGGCGAGCCCAACGCGGUCGGGUGGUUCCACCGCAGCUGGAACGGGUCGGGGCCCGCCCGGGGGGCCAGGACCGCGGGGGCCGGGAGCCCCGGCGCCAACGGCAACCGGCCGGCAACCGGCCGGCCCCCGCCUCAGUCGGACACGCCCCCGGACACGCCCCCGUACCGCAAGCCCUGCGGUGUGGGGGUAGGGGUGGGGGUGGGGGUAGUGGGGGCGGAGGAGGAGGAGGUGGGAGGGGCCGCGGACACGGGGGGGCGGGGCGGCGGGGAGGGCGGGGCCGAGGAGGAGGAGGCGAUGGAGGCGGAGGCUGCAGAGGAGGAAGAGGAAGAGGAGGAGGAGGAGGACGUGGUGGGCGGGGUGCCGCCGUUGCCGCAGAAGUCGGCGCGCCCAGGCGCCGCCCAAGGCUCCGCCCUCUCCGACUCGCCCGGCGAGGGGGAGGAGCCGUCGGUGCACAUGCCCGAGCCCGGCGGCAUGACUGUGAAGGAGCUGGUGCAGCACGUGAAGAGGAGGAGGAAGAAGGGCAUCUACCAGGAGUAUGAGGAGAUCCGCAAGGAGCCUCCCUGCGGCACCUUCCACCACUCCAAGAAGCCUCACAAUCAGAUUAAGAACAGGUACAGCGACGUCCUCUGCCUGGACCAGUCUCGGGUGAAGCUGAGCGCGCUGCAGGACGACGACGACGACGACGAGACGUCCAGCUCGGAUUACAUCAAUGCAAGCUUCAUGGAUGGGUACAGGAGAAGCAAUGCCUACAUUGCCACUCAGGGGCCUCUGCCGAAAACGUUUGCCGAUUUCUGGCGCAUGGUGUGGGAACAAAGGGUUUUGAUCAUCGUCAUGACGACAAGGGUGGUGGAGCGCGGCCGGGUCAAGUGCGGUCAGUACUGGCCGCUGGAGGCGGGGCGCUCCGAGGACCACGCCCCCUUCCUGGUCCGGAACGUCCGCAUCGAGAUGUUCCAGGACUUCAAGAUCUCUCACCUGGAGAUCUGCAACGGCGAGACGGGCGAGCGGCGGGAGGUGGCGCACUACCUGUACAUGAGCUGGCCCGAUUUCGGCGUGCCCAAGUCGGCCACCGCCAUGCUGGACUUCAGGGCCCAGGUGAAGCAGCACCAGGAGGCGGCGUUCCGGGCCGUCCGCGCCCAAUGGGCCGGGCCCUCCGGGGGCCCCCCGGUGGUGGUCCACUGCAGCGCGGGCAUCGGGAGGACAGGCACCUUUUGCACUCUGGACAUCUGCCUGUCGCGGCUGGAGGACAUCGGGACGGUGGACGUGAAGCAGACGGUGCGGCGCAUGAGGACGCAGCGCGCCUUCAGCAUACAGACGUGGGACCAGUACUACUUCUGCUACACGGCCGUCAUCGAGUACGCCCAGCGCCGCGGGCUCCUGGCGCCCGUCGAGUGGUCCGACACCGACCCGGAGACGGACAGCAGAAGACGAGCGGCGGAGGGGGGGUGGGGGCUGUGGCGGGCGAGGCGGAGCACGAAAGAGGAAGGACUCGGGGGUGGGGCAGGGCGGAGCAUUAGAAAAGGUCUCUUUGACCUUCAGGAUCCCGAUUGCUGGAAGGCGAAUGAGGGGGGCGGAGCAUCAAAUGAGGAAGAACUUGGGGGUGGGGCGGGGGGCGGAGCAUUGAAAGAGGAAGGACUUGGGGGCGGGGUGGGGGCGGAGCCAUAG